CAUGUCGCAAACGUGAUACAUUCGGAAAAGGGGCGCGUCCUAGAUCCUUUUUCAUCAUAAUUAACUUUAACGGGGUUAUAUUACUUCACAAUAAACAAUAAUAUUUUCCUGUUAAGACGUUUAGUUAAAAUAUUUGUUGUAUCAGCCAACGGGGCUUUAUACUUGUUUCGAGCAGCGUAAAGAAGAUUAUAACGUUCAAUUGUAUUCUCAAUAAUCCGUCCAGCAAGUUGUAGUGUUAGAAAAUGCUAGAGAUAAUAAUACAGAUUAAUUAAAUAAGGAGCAAAGACUUAAUGUCUUAGGUUAUUGAUAAUAAAAUCUUAUUCAGUUCGAUGUAUUUUAGUACAUUAAGUUGAGUUUAUAUCAGUUUAUAUAUAGUUUUAUCUACUUAUGUAUUAUAAAUCACAAUUUUAAAUAUUUUAUUCGUUGCCUAGGACUCUAACGAGUCUAUACAGUUUCAAUUUUCGCUAUGACAAAUAACCAUUUUAGUAAAGACAUGAGCGCGGUCUUUCUACCGUUGGGAGCGCCAUGACCGCUUGGAGAGCCUCCGAUCUGCGGGGGUAACUGCGCGGCGUAAGUAGCAAGAACCCGGAAGUGCUUACGGCUAGAGUUCCCUCGUUAAAAAGGCCAUAAAAGUUAGUAUGGCUGCGACCAUUAUUCAUGACUCCUCUGAAGCGGUGGAGUUGUGCUUCGGCAGGCGUCUCUUCCUGAAGCCCAUAUCGAAGCUGGCCAUUACAGUGACGUGGGCCGACUUACUGGAGCCUGCCAAGGCAGUGUCCAACUGGGAGGUCAUGGCCAGGCUUAAGCAGAUGGUGCACCCCCUCCAGUUCACCUCCAUACGUGUUUCUAAGAGUACUCUGGAUUUUGUGCGCUUUGAAGCGGAGCUAGAAACCAAAGCCUUGGGCAAGGUGCUGUGUCAGAAGCUGAAUGGGCAGACGCUGGAUGGCAUGGCUGGGGACAGAACUUUCCAGGUCCUUGCUUCUGAAUGCAGUACAGACUUCCCAACUCGCAAGGAGUGGGAGUCCUUCUUCCAGGAUGAAGAGGAGUGGCCAGAUACGCUGCACCUGGAUGGUCUUCCCUGCAAGUGGUUCAGUACCUCAGAGUCCCGGUGCCAGAAACCCAGGGAGGAGAUAGUUCGGGAGGUGUUUGAACACUUCGGCCCCAUACGCAACAUGGACAUUCCAACUCUUGAUGUUUACAGAGAGGAGACGGGCAGUAAGCUGUCUAAUGCCUUUAGCGUGUCCGGCUUGCAGACCUUUGAUGUUUACCUUCAGUUCCGGCAGCGUGAGGACCUUAGGAAUGCGAUGGAGUCUCUGAGAGGAAUGAGGCUAAUGCUAAAGGAGAGCGAUGGAAAAGCCUUGGUGUGCAACGUCAAGGUAAGCUUAGACUUAACCAGCCACUUGAGUGAGGCAGCAGUGCAGAAGAGGCAAAUGGAAAGAAGGCAGCUGGAAGCACUGGAGGAGAAGAGGCAGAGGGAGAAAAGAUACGAGAGGGAGGAGGAGGCUGACAGAAAGCGACGAGAGGACCAGCGGCUAAAAAGGCACCAGGACAAGCUGCGGCGGCGAGCCGAAAGACGAAAAGAGGAGUCUGAGAGGAGGGCGCUGCAGACGCAGGCACAUGUGGAGAGCCAGGAGGAGAAGGAGGAGCAGCUUUGGGAGGAGAAGGAGGAGCAGCUUUGGGAGGAGAAGGAGGAGCAGCUUUGGGAGGAGAAGGAGGAGCAGCUUUGGGAGGAGAGGAAGUUCGUUUUGGUGCAAAGGAGGCUGCAGUCCAUCAGACUGCUCACUGCCCUUCUUCACAGAGCCCAGCGUGGUUUAGCCAAAGUGCAGUGUGCAAGAAAGGUGAUCAAAAAAGAAAAGUCGAGCUGCAUACCUCCAGUUCCUUUAUAUGAAGGAAGCAGAGAUGUAAAGGUGGAGCCUGUACAAGACCUUUUCUCAGAAACCAAAAACCCUGUGGUUUGUUCCCCGGACACAAUCAUCCCAGUUCCCUUCAGGGAGCGUACCAUUGGCGAUGGACAUGUUCCGUUCCAGGAGCAUUCAAGGCCGAGUGGACCGUACAGCCCACUCCGGGUAACAAUCAGCCAGAGUCACACAAAACGGGACCUCGCCAAGAACACGUGGCCACCAACUAAUCAGCGUCACCAGAGUUGCUCCUUGAUAACAGGCGGAGAAUUUUCUAGCGGUAAGCACUGGUUUACCGUACACAGAAAGAAAGAAAAGGUGUAUGAAUCGGAAGAGUUCCUGAAUUACAUACUCAACCACUACCCGCAUACAAGCUAUUUGGGGCCGUAUGAGAACUCCCACCCCCCAUGCAGUGAGUCCAUGUGGCGAAGGAGGGUGUCUGAUGAUGGCAAAAGUUUCCUCAUCAGCCUUAGAAACUUAGAUAGAGGGGUUUGCACUGAGGUGAGCAUCAGUCAGAAUUCAGAUCAAAGUAAUCCCAGUGAUGAGGAUAGGUACAAAUGGAAAAUUACCAUUAAGGAAACUGAACCAGCACAGAAGAUGCUUGGAACACACAGGGGGCUGAUGGGGGGAUACAGCAGAGAGUUUGAGGUUUCCUGGAACAAGUCCAGCUCUCAGCACACAACGCACACCUCCGAUAACCGGAAGGAUGACCGGGAUGACCAUCCCGACAGAGGGACUGUCACCUUAAAAGACGGCCUUGGCGGCUUUCCAAAAAACAAUGAGUCAGUCUGCCCUCCUGCAUCUGCUUAUUUUAAAGAAUGUCUGAGUGAAAAUAAGUGCAAAAAGCUGAGUGCUCAGGAGGCUGGCGGCAAGAUUGAGAACCGGAAAUAUGCAGAAUGUGAGAAGAGGAUGGAUAGGGAAGGUGCCUGUAAGAUUGGGAACGAGGAAGAUGAGGUUCUGGAGAAGAAAGCGGCGGUUCUGGAGAGUGAAAGCUGGUGGGAAUCGCCCCAGCCAGAACAGAAACCGAGGAAGAAGGCAAAAAAAAUAAAGAAGGACUACAGUGGAAACCAAGUAGAUGAGACGGAGGACGCAAAGAAAAGGAAGAAAAAGAAAAAAGAGAAGCACAGAGAUGUGGAGCCUGAGAACGACAAAGUGGCUGAGGACUGGGGCAACCUGCCUCAUCACGUGGUGCUGCACAUCUUCCAGUACCUGUCGCUGGUGGACCGCGCCCGUGCCUCCUCGGUGUGCCGCCCCUGGAACGAUGUCUUCCACAUCCCUGACCUGUGGAGGAGGUUCGAGUUUGAACUGAACCAGCCGGCCACGUCCUACCUGAAGUCCACCCACCCCGACCUGAUCCAGCAGAUCAUCAAGAGACAUGCACAGCAUCUGCAGUAUGUCAGUUUCAAGGUUGACAGCUGCACAGAAUCUGCAGAGGCCGCUUGUGACAUCCUGUCCCAGCUGGUGAACUGCACCAUCAAAACGCUGGGACUCAUCUCCACAGCGAGGCCCAGCUUCAUGAACGUAUCCCAGUCACACUUUGUGUCAGCUCUGACCGUGGUGUUCGUGAACUCCAAGUCCCUGUCGUCUAUAAAGAUUGACGACACGCCCGUGGAUGACCCGUCCCUGAAGGUACUCGUGGCCAACAACAGUGACACGCUCAAGUUGCUGAAGAUGAGCAGCUGUCCUCACGUUUCACCCGCAGGCAUCCUGUGUGUGGCAGACCAGUGUCACGGCUUGAGGGAGCUGGCGCUGAACUACCACCUGCUGAGCGACGAGCUGCUGCUGGCGCUGUCCUCGGAGAAGCACGUGCACCUGGAGCACCUGCGCAUCGACGUGGUGAGCGAGAACCCCGGCCAGACGCAGUUCCACACCAUCAAGAAGAGCAGCUGGGAUGCCGUGGUGCAUCACUCGCCCAAGGUCAACAUCGUCAUGUACUUCUUCCUCUAUGAGGAGGAGUUCGACCCCUUCUUCUGCGAACAGACACCCGUCACCCACCUCUACUUCGGCCGGGCCGUCAGCAAGGAGAUGCUGGGCCGCAUCGGGCUUAACUGCCCCCGGCUGGUGGAGCUGGUGGUGUGUGCCAAUGGACUGGAGCCGCUGGACGAGGAGCUGAUCCGCAUCGCCGAGCGCUGCAAGAACUUGACGGCCAUUGGGCUUGGCGAGUGCGAGGUCACCUGCAGCGGCUUCAUCGAGUUCGUCAAGAUGUGCGGCAGCCGCCUUACUCAGCUCUCCAUCAUGGAGGAGGUGCUCGUCCCGGACAACAGCUACAGCUUGGAGCAGAUCCACAACGAGGUGUCCAAGUACCUGGGCCGCAUGUGGUUCCCUGACAUGAUGCCAACCUGGUAGACCGGCCCAGCAGGUCUGCUCCUUCCCGCUACAGCUGUUGUGCUGUUAUAUGUCCGUCACCUUGUCAUGUCUUAUUUAAUAUGUGUAGUUGUGCCGUCUUAGGAAGUAUUCAUUAAAAAUGAAUGGUGUGAUCUCCUGGAUGAGAGAUGAAAUUGUCUAACGUGCAAGAUACAUAUUCCAUCCAUCCAUUUUCUAUAACCACUUGCCGGUUGCAGGGGUGGGUCCGGAACCUAUCCCAGAGGCUACGUGUGCAAGCAAGAUACAUAUUAUUAAGUGCACUGUAACCCUAAUAAUCAGCACUGAUAUUUGUAGGUCGGUGUAUAACCCCAUUGUCUACAGUCAGAAAUAUGAGGUCUGACUGACUCAAUCUUUAUUCACUACAUCCCAUGAAAGAGCAAGGAAGCCAUAUAUACAGGAAAAUGCUUCUCUUUCAUCUAUAAAUUCAAGGCACUUGUAAAAUAUUUUAAAUAUAAAGUGUAUAUUUUUAGCAUUGUCUUUUUUGUUCAUUUGGUUUUUGUUCAGGGUAACUACAGUGACAUCGCUGCAUUUCUGUACGUCAUAUAACAACUUUUCUUAAGCACGGUCGUACCGCAUGUGCAUCAUACUGAUCCUGUUAUGUGCAGGCAUGUGUUAAGGUUCAUGUGUUAAGGUUCAUGUGUUAAUGUUCA